AAUGAAUGAGAUGUCCCUGUUGUGAGCCAGCCAGAGAGAAGAGAUGCAAAUCUUGACUUGCUUGGCUGCUCUGCACAGUCUCCACCUGACAAGCUAUGAAGUCAUGCACUUAAAUUUCACUGACCUUUUUUCCACUCUCCCUCAACAACACUCCACCACACUAGUUACACAACCUCUGCAGUUUCAUCCCCCCUUCUCUCUCUCUCUCUCUCUCUCUCUCUGGGAACUCUGCACUAGUCUCAGAAACCCAACUCACUCAUGACCUCACCUUACACACUUGCAGCUAAACAAAACAAGACACAAAACCCCAAACCAACUUUUUAGUGGAAACUCCCAACAAUCACCUUAAACCCCAAAAGCCAAAAACCCAUUUCAAUCCCUCAAAUGCAUUCUUCUCUUGUCCUCACUCAAUGAGCUGGGUUGUUGUUCUGAAGCUUGAAUCUCAUUCUGGGUUUUGUGAAUGGGGUGCAUGUGCUCUACCUUGGCUGCCAAGUUCGCCUUCUUCCCUCCAUCUCCUCCCACCUACAAGAUCCACAACCGGGAAAACGACGGCAAGCUCAGCGUCGUAGCCUCCGCCUCCACCUCCACGUCGUUUCCUCUCCCUCACACCGACGACAACUCCCUCGACGUUUUGCUCAUUGACAACAAACGCGGCAGCAAGAUUGUCGCUUUUUAUCUCAGAAACCCAUAUGCUCGUCUCACUCUGCUUUACUCUCAUGGCAAUGCUGCUGACCUUGGUCAACUCUAUGAUCUCUUUGUCCAGCUCAAGGUCGCUCUCAGGGUCAAUCUCAUUGGAUAUGACUAUUCUGGCUAUGGAGCCUCUACUGGCAAGCCAAGUGAGGAAAACACAUAUGCUGACAUAGAGGCAGUAUAUGAGUGCCUUGAGACCGAAUAUGGAGUUAGCCAGGAAGAUUUGAUCUUGUAUGGGCAGUCAGUUGGAAGUGGACCAACACUCCACUUGGCAUCUAAACUACCAAGACUAAGGGGUGUAGUUCUGCACAGUGCAAUUCUCUCCGGCCUUCGUGUUGUCUGCCAUGUAAAAUUCACAUUCUGCUUUGACAUUUAUAAGAACAUCAAUAAAAUUCGGAAAGUGAAGUGCCCUGUGCUAGUGAUACAUGGUACAGAAGAUGAUAUUGUGAAUUGGUUACAUGGCAAUGGACUUUGGAAAAUGGCAAGGGAUCCGUAUGAGCCUUUGUGGAUUAAAGGAGGUGGGCACUGCAACUUGGAGCUUUACCCUGAUUACAUCCGCCAUCUUUGCAGGUUUAUCCAAGAAAUGGAGAACAUAACCACAGAAAUCCGUCUCAAAAAGAUCCGACAGAACAUGCAUGUGCACAAGAGAUCAUGUGCAAGCCAUUACUGUAGAAUUAAAGUCUGCCAACCUAAAUGCUUUGAAUGUUCGAUACCAAAAUGUGUAAAAUGCUCAUGCUGGAAGCCGAAAUGCUCCUCUUGCUGCAAGCCGAACUGCUCCUCUUGCUGCAAGCCGAACUGCUCCUCUUGCUGCAAGCCGAACUGCUUCUCUUGCUGGAAGCCGAAAUGCUUCUCUUGCUGCAAGCCGAACUGCUUCUCUUGCUGCAAGCCGAAAUGCUCCUCUUGCUGCAAGCCGAACUGCUCCUCUUGCUGCAUGCCGAACUGCUCCUCUUGCUGCAAGCCGAAAUGCUUCUCUUGCUGCAAGCCGAACUGCUCCUCUUGCUGCAUGCCUAACUGCUUCUCUUGCUGCAAGCCGAAAUGCUCCUCUUGCUGCAAGCCGAACUGCUCCUCUUGCUGCAUGCCGAACUGCUUCUCUUGCUGCAAGCCGAAAUGCUCCUCUUGCUGCAAGCCGAACUGCUCCUCUUGCUGCAAGCCGAACUGCUCCUCUUGCUGCAAGCCGAACUGCUCCUCUUGCUGCAAGCCGAACUGCUCCUCUUGCUGCAUGCCGAACUGCUCCUCUUGCUGCAUGCCGAACUGCUUCUCUUGCUGCAAGCCGAAAUGCUUCUCUUGCUGCAAGCCGAAAUGCUUCUCUUGCUGGAAGCCGAAAUGCUUCUCUAGCUGCAAGCCGAAAUGCUUCUCUUGCUGCAAGCCGAAAUGCUUCUCUUGCUGCAAGCCGACAUGCUUCUCUUGCUGGAAGCCGACAUGCUUCUCUUGCUGGAAGCCGAGCUGCAUAAAAUGUUGCUGGCGGCCCAAAUGCCCGAAAUGUGCAGGACCAAACUGCUGCAUUACAUGUUUUCAGUGGCGGUGCUGUGUAGGAGGAACACAAAGUGGGUUAGACAGGGAGGAUGGCUGAUGGUAUAAAUGGUUGUUGUAUAGGUGAGCUGCUAACACCCAUCUCUUGUGCAGUAGUGUUGGAAACAGGAGGAAGUAGUUGCCGGGUAGAUUUUAAUUUUAUAAUUAAUUAUUUUCUUGAUACUGGUCUGCUUUGAAACUCAAACAAUAUAUGAACUUUCCUCAAAAACAUACAUUUUGAAUGAGAUGCAUAUUAUUUUUAGGUA